UUUUAGAAACUACUUCAACAAUUUCAGAUAUCUCUCUCUUUCUCUCUCUAGAUUUUUGGAAAGUCUAUUUCAAGCAAGAACGGAUGAAGAGUUUCUGAAAAAAUGAGAAAAGCAGAGAUCAGGCAGGCAAAAAUCCUCUGGUUUUUCAGAAGUGUUCUUACUUUGAUCGCCUUUCUCCCAAACUUGAGUUUAUGUUCUGGUUCUUCAAUACUGUUCAUCCCAAAGAGUUGUUAUUCUGGUUCUGGUUUUUCAAAAGUGUUUCUUAGUUUGAUCGUCUUUCUCCUAAACAGAGUUCAGGUUCUGGUUCUUCAUUACUGUUCAGUCCAAAGCGAGUUGUUAUUCUGAUUCUUCAAAAUUGUUCCAGUUCAUCUUUUCUGGUUUUGGUUUACUGUUUGAACACAUCAAUGGAGCCACGCAAUGUCUGGAGUUCAAAUUUUGAGGAAGAGAUGCUUUCCAUAGAAAGCAUAGUCCACCGUUACAAUCGGAUUGCCUUUGAUACUGAAUUUCCUGGUUUUCUGCACAACACACCAAGAACUGCAUCCGAAACUGAUCGGUACAAAGAUAUCAAGUUCAAUGUCGAUAGCUUGAAGCCAAUACAAUUCGGUUUCACAUUCAAUGAUGCAUACGGUAAUCUCCCUCACUCCGGUGGUGUUUGGCAAUUUAAUUUUAAUGAUUUUGAUCCUGCCAUCGAUCUUCACGUGACUGCAUCCGUUGAGUUAUUACUUCGGAAUGGGAUUGAUUUGGAAAAGAAUAAGAGAGAAGGAGUUGAUAUCAAAGCAUUUUCUGCUCGGUUCAGAAAUAUCAUAAGGUGUGAAGGACAUAGGAUUCAAUGGCUCACGUUUCAUGGGGUUUAUGAUAUUGCUUACUUCAUUAAAGUCUUGAACGCAAAUAAUCCGAUGCCCGAAACUCUUCAAGAAUUCAUGACUAUGGUUGGAGCCAUCUUUCCUCGGCUUUAUGAUCUGAAAUUUAUGGCCAAGUUCUAUCAUGGGUUGUUAGGUGGAGAGUUGGGCUUGGAACGUCUAGCUAAAAUACUCGAGGUGAAGCGGGUUGGAGAGACUCAUCACGCAGGUUCUGAUAGCUUGAUCACGAGCAAUGUGUUUUCAAAGAUGAAAAAAGUUUAUCAACUAAUUGAAGGAGCUUAUGAAGGAUACCUCUAUGGUAUUAGCUUUAGAAAGAGAAGGUGGGUCCCACUUGUGCCAUCCCAGCCCCACUUCAUCACUGUGGUUCCAAGUGGAUAUUACCAUGGACGACCUUCCUUUGGGACAGUCAGUAGUCCACUUAGGUGGUCUCAUUGUCAUGCAUUAGUUCCUACUGUUCAUGUUCCACACUGUCAAUGAAGCAUGCACCAUGCAAAUGUAAUCUAAGAAUUUUAGCAUUGUAAUAUUGAUUUGAUCAAUGAAGAAACAGAGAAUUUUUUUUUUU